AUGUACAAAGCUAAAACCUUGCAAAAAAUCAAAUCGGUGGCAGAAGCCCAUAAGAAUAAAGUCAAAAACGAGUCCUUCCACAAUUUCAGACCCGCAUUCCUUGAUCCAGGGCGAAGAUCUGUCUUCACAGCGGCAAUCGGACUAGACCGUAACAAUCAUCAAGUACGCAGCUGCUCUACCAAAGAAUAUUAUCAUAUGACCGGAAGUACCAGAUACGCUGCAAAGCUGGAAAAGAAGAAAGCAGGCACACUUAAAAUGAUCGAAAGUGGCAUACCAACCGCCAAAACUUCUAUCAUUGAACAACUUGACCGUCAUGUACAAUAUAUGUUGCAGCACUUUGAAGCCUUGUUUUCUUUUUACGGCGAGAGAACUGCUGAAGACAGAUUUCGUUUAUACCAGGGUCAGGAGCGUGCUGCCAACAACAUGGUCAAUUUGCUUAUUAAUGGAACCACAAAGUACAAUAAGCAAUUGAGGUUGAAGAAGAAGAAAGAUCGAAGCAAGUGGCCAAAGAAGAUUAUCGACAGAAUGGCCUUUUGUAAACGUAAAAAGAAGAAGAAGAAGAAGCAAAAGGUUCCAGAAGAGAGGGAAGUAUCAGAUGCGAGAGAACAAUUCCCUGAAGAACAACUGGAAGCCUGAACCCUUUAGUGUAGGCGACACUAAAAAGAUCCCUUUUGAUUGUAGUUGGUAAUGGCAUGUUCGGGAAGAGUGCAGUGCCCAUCAAAGGCCAUAAAACUGGUGUCGUGUGAGUUCUUUGGCGUGCCUUGAAGCAAAGAGAGGCUGCUGGUGAUUUACUAGUGAUAACAAUUGGUGAAUACCUAACUUCUCGAAUAUGUAACAAUUGCCGUUCCAACACUGUUGAGGCAUUGAAGACUGUUCCAGGCCAAAGUAUCAAUGCCUGUAAAACC